AUGCCGUCUGAUCAGAGCACCUGGCUCGUCGCUGUACCCGCCGACGGUGACGCUGAGGGAGUGCCCCAGGAACUCGCCGCGAAGCUCGCGACCAACUCUAGGUCACCCGCCGCAUCCCUCGGAUACCUUCCCGUACCUGCCUUCAAGACAGGAACUCUCGACUCCCUCAUCACCCUUUCGGAGGAGCUCCCAAAGCACGAUGUCUUUUUCACAGCAACAGUGGCCAAGACCGUUGAUACCCUUCGCAACCUCCUCAACAAUGACCCCGCAAAGCUGGCACAGCACGUACAAGUUAACGAAUCUAGUGUCGACUCCUACCUCCUCUCUGGCUGGCGUUGGAAUGAAGGCAGAUACGGAGUGCAGAGGGCACUCAGAGACAUGGUAGACGUCCUGAACAAGGAGGUGACAUCAAUAGACAACGUCAUGAAGAAUAAACUCAACAACUAUAACUUAGCCAAAGGCUCCCUAGUACAGAUGCAGCGGAAGAAGACCGGUAAUUUAUCUGUUCGCUCGCUCGCUGAUCUCAUUCGUAAAGAGCACUUUAUCGAGAACUCAGACUAUAUGCAGACCCUCAUCGUCGCUGUGCCGAAGAACCUGGUCAAGGAUUGGAACUUGAAAUACGAACAGCUUACGCCAAUGGUUGUCCCCAGGUCUUCAAUGCUCAUUGCGUCAGACGACGAAUAUUCCUUAUUCUCUGUAGUCGUCUUCAAGAAAGUCCAUGAUGAGUUUUUGCAUAAAUGUCGUGAGAAUAAGUUUGUUGUGCGCGACUUUGUCUACUCUGAUGAUCUCGUGGACAAACAGCGAGAAGAGCUCGAUAACGCAGAUCAGAUCGAGAAGGAGCUCUGGACAGAACUUCUCCAACUCUCACGAACAAACUUCUCUGAGGCAUUCCAGCUUCUCGUGCAUCUCAAGGUUCUGCGCCUUUUUGUUGAAAGCGUGUUGCGGUAUGGGUUACCGGCCAGCUACACAGGGUUGUUUAUCAGGCCGGAACCUAAAGCGACGAAACGAACACUAUCAGCGUUGCAAAUGCAGUUCGCCUACCUCUCUCGCCGCUCAAAUCCGAGCAAGAAAUCCACGAAAGCUAGCGGAGGGGCUGGAGAUGAUUUUGUGGGCGAGUACCAAACGCUACUGGAGCAGGAGUACUUCGAUUUUGUGUUGUUUGAAGUACCGUGGAUUGUGUUGUAG